GCGGCAGGCAACAGCAACACGGAGUCAAGGAGCACGAGUUAGGUUGGCAACCCUCGAGAGUCGAGAGCAUGGAUCCCAACGACGCCUUCUCGGCGGCGCACCCGUUCCGGUGGGACCUGGGCCCGCCGGCGCCCGCCGCGCCCGCGCCUCCGCCCCCACCGCCGCCCGCGCCGCAGCUGCUGCCCCACGCGCCGCUGCUGAGCGCGCCGAGGGAGCUGGAGGACCUGGUGGCCGGCUACGGCGUGCGCCCGUCCACGGUGGCGCGGAUCUCGGAGCUCGGGUUCACGGCCAGCACGCUCCUCGGCAUGACGGAGCGCGAGCUCGACGACAUGAUGGCCGCGCUCGCGGGGCUGUUCCGCUGGGACGUGCUCCUCGGCGAGCGCUUCGGCCUCCGCGCCGCGCUGCGGGCCGAGCGCGGGCGUGUCAUGUCCCUCGGCGGCCGCUUCCACACCGGGAGCACAUUGGACGCCGCGUCACAAGAAGUGCUGUCCGACGAGCGCGACGCCGCGGCCAGCGGCGGCUUGGCGGAAGGCGAGGCCGGCAGGAGGAUGGUGACGGCCGGCAAGAAGAAGGGCAAGAAAGGGGUUGGCGCGAGGAAGGGCAAGAAGGCGAGGAGGAAGAAGGAGCUGAGGCCGUUGGACGUGCUGGACGACGAGAACGACGGAGACGAGGACGGCGGCGGCGGCGGGUCAGACUCGACGGAGUCUUCCGCUGGCGGCUCCGGCGGCGGGGAGAGGCAGCGGGAGCACCCCUUCGUGGUCACAGAGCCCGGCGAGGUGGCCAGGGCCAAGAAGAACGGGCUUGACUACCUCUUCCAUCUGUACGAGCAGUGCCGCGUCUUCCUGCUGCAGGUGCAGUCCCUUGCUAAGCUGGGCGGCCACAAGUCCCCUACCAAGGUGACCAACCAGGUGUUCCGGUACGCCAAGAAGUGCGGCGCGAGCUACAUCAACAAGCCCAAGAUGCGGCACUACGUGCACUGCUACGCGCUGCACUGCCUGGACGAGGAGGCCUCCAACGCGCUGCGCCGGGCGUACAAGGCCCGUGGCGAGAACGUCGGUGCCUGGAGGCAGGCCUGCUACGCGCCGCUCGUCGAGAUCGCCGCGCGCCACGGCUUCGACAUCGACGCCGUCUUCUCCGCGCACCCGCGCCUCACCAUCUGGUACGUGCCCACCAGGUUGCGCCAGCUCUGCCACCAGGCACGGGGGAGCCACGCCCACGCCGCCGCCGGCCUCCCCCCGCCCCCGAUGUUCUAGCUGCGUCGUCGAUGUGUGCCUGCACCGGCGCGGCGCCGUACGUCUCACAUCGCAGUUCAGGCUGUUCCAUGGCGCCAUCGAAAAGUGGAAGGCGGCCUUCGUCUGCCUCUCAUGUUGUCGCUUUGUUCGUUGCGUUGUGGUUAGUCAGAAGUGGGCUUAGAUUUAGAAUGGGGACGUCACUUGUUCGGCCGAGCGGGCCGGGAAACAAUUUACUGUUUCGAUGGGCCACUUGUUAGUUUGUUACCUCGCGGCCUUACUAAGUUGUAUUGUAUCCCUCGUGAUAGUUGUCCCCCAUCCUCCAAAAAAAAAACCCGACGGUGUACCGCUCCUGUGAUGAUAUAUCCUAAGAGUAAAAUACAUUUUCAUUACUUCAA